CGCCUUCAAUCCCGCAACUCCUGCAGCCUCUCUCCCUCAAGAUCAGAGCCCGAGACAAGUCUUGUCUUUUGCCCCCAAGUUCCUCGAACCCUUCGCGCCCCUGCUGCACCAUGGAUCGCGCGCUCGACGACGUCAUAUCCGAUCGCCAGAGAGGUGGAUUUCGCGGACGCAGAGGCCGUCGCGACAAUGAGUACCCGCGUGACGGUGUAAGAAAGUCGAGCCAGAGAGACGAGUCCAGAAACCUUGACCGCGACUGGGUCCACGACCGAUUCGAAGACGACGACUCAGCCCGUCGCCCAACCCGCAACUUUCGCUCCGACCGCGGCGACCGCAGCGACCGUCGCAGCCCGGAAACAAGAGACAGUCAGAACGGCCACAAGAUCCGCGUCGACAACUUACACUACGACCUGACUGAAGACGACAUCACCGAGCUUUUUGAGCGCAUUGGUCCCGUCGAGAGCGCGCACAUCCUCUACGACCGCAGCGACCGCAGCAAAGGCACUGCCUUUGUCACUUACCGCAGCAUCGCUGACGCCCGCUACGCCAUCCGCGAGUUUGACGGCGCCAAUGCACACGGCCAGCCCAUCCGCCUCGAGCUCGUCACUACACAAUCUCGCCCUGCUGCACGCAACCCCUUCGAUUCGGUGCAGCGUCCGUCGCGUAGCCUUUUCGAUCGUAUCGAGGGCAGCAGAGAUCGCAGUCUGAGCCCUGGGAGAGAGGGUCGUCGUAGCAAUGUCAACAGGCCCGCUCCCGCGAACAUUGAUCGCUAUGUACCGGGCGAGGACGGUGGACGGAGGCGCUCGCCGCCCCGUCGCGGCCGUGACGGCGGACGCAGGCCCGGCGAGAGGCGGGGAGGCCGUGGUGGCGGCCGUGGCGGUCGCGCUGAGGACUCAGGAAGGCAAGUGGUUCAGGGCAGACCUAGGAAGACGGCGGAAGAACUAGAUGCCGAGAUGGAAGAUUACUUCGGACAGAACAGAGACGAGAGCGGCAUGGCCGCUGGAGCUCCGGCGUCGGGCAUGGUUGGAGGUGGACAGACUGGUGGCGCUGCGGCCAACCCUGGCGACAACGCGCCUGGCGCCUUGAACACGGCCGACAACGACAUUGACAUGGUUGUCGAAUGAGGCGAUGAGAUUGCACUUGCACGACAACGCCCACGGAGGAACGAUGGUAUCUCACAACAGCUGUAAGAUGCGCGUAUGAAAAGUUGCAAGAGCUAUGCCUAUGACUUUUCCAUGGCGUCACGGGGCCUGGCAACUGUAGACUUGAGCAAAUUGAACAGGAGAAAGAAAGCAUGACACAACCCGCUACCGCCGUC